GAUCAUCAAUCUCUCUUUUAAUUCUUUUGAUUUUCUUUUAACACUUUCUGGGAUUUGACACUAUUAAUUCCAUUUUUUUCAAAGAAACAAACUUGUUUGAUUUGUUUAUUUUGGUAAUAUACAUUUGAAAGAUCUGAUCUUUCAGUUAAUUUCCAAAACCAAUAUUGUUCAAAAUUUAGGAUUUUGGGUCUUUGGGUUUGUACAAAUACGACCACAGACGAUGUCGUACUCUUACCUUUUCAAGUACAUUAUCAUUGGAGAUACUGGAGUUGGGAAAUCAUGUCUUCUUUUGCAAUUCACCGACAAAAGAUUCCAGCCCGUUCAUGAUUUAACCAUUGGUGUUGAAUUCGGAGCCAGGUUGAUCGGCAUUGACAACAACCCAAUAAAGCUUCAAAUCUGGGACACGGCGGGCCAAGAGUCAUUCAGAUCCAUUACAAGGUCUUACUACCGAGGCGCUGCCGGUGCACUUCUAGUUUAUGAUAUUACUAGGAGGGAGACUUUCAAUCACUUGACUAGCUGGUUGGAGGAUGCAAGGCAACAUGCAAAUGCAAACAUGACCGUUAUGCUUAUCGGCAACAAGUGCGAUUUGGCUCAUAGAAGGGCUGUGAGCACAGAGGAAGGUGAGCAGUUUGCCAAGGAACAUGGCCUGGUCUUCAUGGAAGCCUCAGCGAAAACGGCUCAAAAUGUCGAAGAGGCAUUUAUUAGCACGGCUGCCAAAAUCUACAAGAAGAUUCAGGAUGGAGUUAUUGACAUAUCUAAUGAGUCUUGUGGUAUAAAACUUGGACACCAAACCGGCGCUGGUUUAUCAGGUGGUAGAGAUGGUUCGGCUUCUCAGGCAGGCAGCUGCUGCGGCUGAUUUCUUUUUCUCCAAGUUUUGAGACUCAACUGUUAUGUGUUUUGGUUUCGGAUUUAUACAUUUCUUUUAGUUUUGCUGUUGGAUUACGAGAUUUCUUGUCGAUGGUACAACUCUUUCUUACCUUAAAUGAGAGGAUAAAUA